AUGGACAAUUUUACCAUAUCCGAUGGUUUCGGGAAACUCCAGUCGACAGACGGCCAUGUUUCCAUCCUUGUCCUUAUCAGCAUCACCUCCGUUUUCCUCCUCUCCAAAACCUUUCUCUACCUUCGCAGCCUCUAUCGCAUCCACUUUCAUCCCCUUCGCAGCUUUCCUGGACCAAGGGAAGCAGCCAAGUCAGACAAGUGGCUAUACCGUCAGACCAAGUCCAUCUACCCAGAGGAUACGUAUGAGAAACUUCAUCGAGACCACCAAGCCAAGGCUAUCCGCAUAGCGCCAAACGAACUUCACAUCAACGACCCCAGCCUCUACAAGGUCAUCUACAAGCAGUCGAACCCGUUUCCGAAGCACGAAGCAUUUUACCUAGGAUUCAACCAGCCAUUCCCGACACUUUUCACCGAGAUCGACGGAGUCAAGCACAAAGAGCGACGCCGUCUGCUGAAUCCCCUCUUCUCUCGCGCUGGCGUGCUAAAGUUGGAAGGGCUUGUCUGGGACAGACUACGACUACUGGAGGCGAAGAUCGAGCGGUUACGAGAACAGCAAGACAUCAACCUCUACGAUGCAUUCCGGUUGCUAACGACAACCAUCAUCAUGGAGUUCUGCUUUGCUGACAGUGGUGGCAUGCUGGAUGAGGAGCCAACCGGAUUCAGCUCCAAAUUCCUCCGUGCUUUCACGUUCGCUUCAGAGGGAGUCAGCACUCUGCAACAUUAUCCCUUGUUCCGUGUUGUGAGCAACAUGGUGCCAGCGAGCAUCUUAAAGACAUUGUCCCCGGAAGUCGGAGGCAUGAUGGAGCUACUUGACUUCGCGGAAGCAUGCGUCAAUCGAUGGCGUCAGUCUGAAGCAAAGGCGGCAACUGUCGAUCAUCCCAUUGUCCUCGACCAUUUGGAAUCUCUCUCAGAUGUUGCCUUGGUCAGCGAGGCUCUUGAUCUCCUGAUAGCCGGAUCGGACACCAGCGCGAUGUCCCUGACUACAGCUCUCUUUGAAGUUCUACGACAUCCCGAUAUGGAGAAGAGGCUGGUCGACGAACUCGAUGCCGCCAUUCCGGACAAGAACAACUUUCCUUCAGUUCAAGAACUGGAGAAAAUCAGUUACUUGACUGCUUGCGUCAAAGAAGGCAUCCGGUUUGCAUCGGCAGUGCCUGGCAGACUUCCACGAGUCGUACCUCGCAACGAAUCAGACCCCUUCGUGGUGGACGGCAAGAUCGUGCCUCCGGGUACUAUUGUUUCAGUAUCGGCGCACACCAUGCAUUCUAAUGUUGAAAUUUGGGGCCCUGACGCUCGAUGCUUCAACCCGGAUCGCUGGCUCAGCCCCGAGGCCAAGAGUCUGGAACAGUACCAGGUCUCAUUCAGCAAAGGCGCGAGGAUGUGUAUUGGGCAGAACCUUGUUCCAAUCGAACUGAUCAUCGUGCUGGCCACGAUUUUCCGGAAAUACAAGCUGAGCUUCCCUUCCGGCUUCAUUCCGCCUCGGAGAGUUGACAACUUCACGAUUGAGCUUGAAGGUGGACUUCCCCUGAAGAUGACGCCGCGCGCCUAG